CAUAAACUAUAUGUUUUUAUAGGUAUUAGUCUUAAGAAUUUCCGUUCAUUGGGUGUAAAACAAUAAAAAUUGUCAUAAAAAUAGCCAAAACUAUAUGAAAUACCAUAAAAUAGUCAAAACUUUAAUUAUAUUGGACAAUUACAGCCCAGUCCAUAUAUUUCAGUUUUUCAAUUCGAAACUCAGAACUUCGAUUCGGUUGAAAGAACUCUGAUUUCCGAAUGAGAACUAUUUCUCUUCCAAAUUCUGAAGGGAAUAACAUUAUUUUGGUUUCAAUUUGGUCCGGAUCAGUUUACGGAACUGGAUGCCCACCCCUAAUUCAGAAUCCCCUCCCACCCAUAAUUUCGUCUCCUUUCUCUUAGGUCUUAGCCAAAGAGGAGAGGGAGAGAAAACUCCACAAGGUAGAAAAACAGACAGAAAAUGGAGAAGGCGAAGCAGUUCCUGGAGUCGAGCGAAGAUGAAGCGAACAGGGUAUCGCGACUCGUGAUUCAUCCUCACCGAGUCGGCCAUGAGUGCAGCUUCUACGAAGACUUCGCUUUACGAGGCAUCCGAGUCGACCGGGUCGACCCCGGCCUCGUUUCUUGUACCUUCACCGUGCCUCCUCGCCUCACCGACAAGAGCGGGAAGCUAGCCACCGGAGCGAUUGCCAACCUGGUCGAUGAGGUGGGAGGCGCGGUGGUUCACGUGGAAGGUCUUCCCAUGAAUGUCUCUGUCGAUAUGUCCAUCUCCUUUCUCUCUACCGCUAAGCUCCAUGAUGAGUUGGAGAUUACCUCCAAAGUGUUGGGGCGGAAAGGCGGCUACGCUGGAACGGUUGUGCUGGUGAAGAACAAGCUGAGUGGGGAGUUGAUAGCCGAGGGCCGCCAUUCCUUGUUCGGCAAACUUCCCAGCAAGAUGUAGGCUCUCUGUCGGAUGCUGAAACAUGACUUUGCAGUUUGCUGGAUAGGAAAUGCGGAGUCUUGGCAUUGCAUGAUGUGCUACCAGCAUAACUUUCCCCCGUUGUGGUAGGAUCUCUUGCUGUUAGCCUAAAUCACAAUUGAAGAUAGAUGCCUGGAGAAAGGAUGACUCGUCUGCUAACCUUUUGGUUGUUCAUUGGCCAAUCUAGUGAAUGUAGUGUAACUGCAAGUACUUUCGAUGUUCAUGACUUCAUGUAUAGACAUAGCUUUCGUGUUGCAGUUCAAUUCACCAUUGGCCAAUUGCUUUAGAGACCAGUAGCGAUAGCGUUUGUAUUGACUGCUAACCUGGUUUGAUGGUAUCGUCAUCUUUACAUAUAUAGUCAGUCAUUAAUUAAGCGUGGAUCCGAAACCUGCCUUUGUGCAGACUAGUUCCGCCUGUGUUUAGCUGGCGAACAUACAUCAGGAUGGAAUUUGUACUCAGUGGUAUAGAAUGCUAGCGGGAACUGAAUCAGGCAUCCACUUUCUUGUUAAGAAGCAUAUUUGAGUUAUGACUUUUCUGCAACUACCUGGUUCUUGAUACGAUGAGAUUGAUUUCAGUAAUAAUGGAGACUGUUUGCUUUCCCCGGAUUGAAGUUCCGCAGCUCUUUGUUUAUGAGAAGUGAGAACAGUACAAAGCCACCAAAAAUACUUAUGUUCAAAACAUGGGUUGUAAACUUGUAAUGGUACUAAUUAGUAAAAUGACUCAAAUCCCUUCUGCUGCUGAGCCUGCAACUGACUAGAACAGGUACUUUUGUUUAAGGGCCUUAGUGAUGUAAAGAAAGCCCCCAUAUGCGCAUAGUGAUUAGUAUGAUUAGUUUGCUAUUUGCCGUCUUAAUUCCAGUAGCUAAAUGGUUUAUUAUGAUUAGUAUGUCAAAUUAUCCAACUAAUUAACCCACUGUUGUUCCCAGUCCCAUCUCAACUAAGUUCCUUUGAAAUUGAAUCACCUUACAAGUUAUGAUUCGCAAUAAGCAUCAAAUUUUGGAAAAAUAUCAAAUUUUGGAAAAAUAUGUAAAUCUGGUCGGGUUCUUUCUUCACAAAAGCACAAUUAAACACAUAUUUUAAAUCAUCAACUUAGUAUAUAUUCGUAUGAUAUGUGAAUGCCCAAUCCUUCACCCAUGUAUGGUUUAUCUUGACAUCAAUGAAUGAGAUUAAGGACUGGAUCUGACCCGAUUUCCAAGCGGUUAGUUGAUUAUUUUUCCUUCUAACUAGAGAAGAAUGUCGGGUCAGAUCCAAUCCUUAAGCCUAUAAGUUUAAGGAGUUUCUUAAAGCUUUCUUAUUGGCCGGCUUGAAUCUAGGGAGUUAGCUGUUAAUAGGUAGUUAACGAUAGAAUUGGUAUUGUAUAACCAUCAUUAAUAUAAUGAAUAUUUAAAUAAAGAAGUGGAAAAAGGUAAUAAUAAAAAAACCUAAGACUAUCCUCUCUGUCAUUCUCCUUGAGUCCCCCGCGCCAUCAGUCGCCAACAACCGUUUCACCAUUUUGCAACCAACCUCCCAUCGGCACCCGCGGGCAGUCCCUCGAUCGGCGAUCGUGCCAAUGCUUGCUAGUACUUCCAUCGGCAAAGGCAGCCGUGUCACCGCCAUCCCGAUGUCAUAUGAGCACCAUUGAUCCCGCCAUAUCAGCGACGGUGUAGCCUUUCCCCGACGACGUACGACUAUAGGUGAGGAGGUAUCGGUCGGAUGGAGGCUUGUGGCGGGCAGAGUUCCCUUUAAUCUUCUCGAAAAUUUAUUAAUAUGGAAAAUUCUCCACGGUUCGUGAUACGAAACAUCUUUUUUGUAGGUUUAUGUUAUUGCUUCGUUUUGCAUGGUUGACGUUGAAAAAAGACUAAUUUUUGUUAAUAAUGCGGUACUUACAAC